CUUCAACGGACGGAGCCACACUGGUUUGCGGCUGGGUACCGUGGAAAUGUGGUCAGGAAUUACAGUAUAGUAAUGCAGCAAUAGACUGUUGCGUACCAGGAGUCAUACAGUAACAAACCGACUUGCAGUGCAGCCGACCAACUGUGAUCCAAGACAACAGCGUCUCAGAACUGCCAAGGCGCUUCACAGCACAAAGUACGGCGCCUUGCCCUGCUACCAAUUCAACCCGCAAUACGUUGCUCGAAGAUUUGCAUAUGCUUUGAAAACUAGCAAAAUGGCGAGCCAAACUCCCCCUACGUAUCUCGAAGAAGCUGCUCGACCGAUCUAUGACGACCAAGAACUCUGCCAAUACCUGCUGCGCAGCCUCGACGCCCCAGCCUCGCUGGAAAUCUUGCCCUCAAAGAUCCACCUCAAUGGCACCGGCCUCUUUGCCAAGGAAGCCAUUGCUGAGGGAGCAGAGGUCUUCCGGUCGACGCCGCUAGUCAGCUGCGUCGACAACGGGCUGUACGGUGUCAUAUGCGACUUCUGCUUUACCAGCAGCGCGGGCAAGAUCAACCCCGUCACCGGUCAUUUUCGCGCCAAGGGCGAUAUUAUGCCGAAAAUAAACCUUUGUGCGGAGUGCCAAGUCUGUGGGUAUUGUUCUAAGGAUUGCCAGAAGAAGGCUUGGAAGAAAUAUCAUAAAUCAGAGUGUUUGGCGUUAAAGAAGAUUCCAACGGCGUUUGUGUCAACUCGCGCUCUAUAUCGGGUGCUUGCGAUGCAGAAGCAAGGCACCUUGGCGGAACAAGGGUGGCGGGCUGUCAACCAUCUCCAGCCGCACCGGCUACAGCAUUACUCAAAAAGUGGCGUUGAGAUAAUUCUUGGUGUUUCUAUGAAUUCCAAAACCCUGAUACAGUCAGAGCAUAGCCUUGGAGCAAUACAGGACCUUUAUUGUAGGAUCCUUACGAAUUGCAUAAGCAUUCAACGCCCUCUGGAAGAAAAUGCCGGAACAGCACUCGAUCUCGUCGGAGCCUUCAUGAAUCACUCCUGUGACCCCAACGCCUUUGUUUUCUUCGAGAACAGCCAGCUUCGAGUAAGGUCGCUGAAGCCAAUCCAGCCCGGUGACGAAAUUACUCAGACAUACGUAGACGACAAGGCGGGCAUGAUGAUCCGCGGGGAGAUGCUCCGGUCUCAGUACUUCUUUACCUGCGAAUGCCGCAGAUGCGAUGACGAAUUACUCGAACUCCAAACCCUAUCAUCAACGGAGGGCUUCUCUAUCCAGACCUUUGCCGACACGGAGAAACUGCUUGUCGACUACCUGAACAAAGUUGAUAGCAGCAACGCCUCCGAACUCGACCCCGAGCAAGUCAUCAUCAAACUAUCCCAACUCACCACCCCCAUCUUCCCCACCCGCGACUGGCCAGACGCCGCAUGGCCCAUGCCAGCCAUGCACCUCAUCCUAGCCAAACUGUGGAAUUCCUCCAACCUCUACUCCCAAGCCGCCAUCCAUGCCACCAAAGGCUGCCUCGCCAACACCCGCCGCUUGGGGCCUCACUGGGUGGCCUAUCUCCGUGACUUCAUCCUGCUCCUCAACCCUGUUGUGGUCGCGGCGAACGCGUCGGGAGGGUGGAGCGGGCCAGGCGCCCCCGGACCGCGGCAGCUGCUGGAUUUUUUCAACGGGCUGAUGCACGAGCUGCUGCUGCAAGCGAGGAAGACGUAUGGUGUCGACGUGGCGUAUUACAGCGCGCUGGCGAGGUGGUAUGCCAUUCAGAUGGAUGCACCGUAUGGGCCGCUGCCGGGGCAGAAGGGUUUCACGAAGCGAUUUAGGGUGGCGCAGGCGAAGGUGCUGGGGUGGGCGAGGGUAGAUGGCAGUAUGGGCGUUGUACUUUCGGAGGGGAAGGCUGUGGUGGUGGGAUCGCAGGCCGGAUCACGGACUGGGUGAUGGGAUUGAAGCCCCGCUGUCUAGGCGGCCGGGCUGAUACCACGCUGGCCUUUAUCGAUUCGGGAAUUCGUGGAGGAGCAGCACUAGGCACUUGGCUUCCUUGCAAUUUGGGGCAUUGACGUAAAGAAUGGCUUCCGCGAGGCGGCGUGUUAUAGAACCCAUCUCUCGGCUCUGGUCAUUAUGGCGCAGCUGCUUGUGCUACGGCAAGCCAUCGCCUCAACAGCGGCCGGAAUGCGAGCACCCUGCGGAAACACUAGACGAGAUGCAGGAGCCGGAAAAUGGGAGAGCAUUGGACUUCCGCUCAUAAUAGAAAGCCGACAGUAUCGUGAUACUCCAUUAUGGGAAGAGCGUAUCCUGCAGACAUAUUUACAAGCCCUGUAAUGUGCUUACCCCUUCCUUCUAUAACUCUUAUCCUGCUAUGCCUCCUCCCCUAUUCCGUGAACCCUACCCUCCGGGGGUGGCCGUCGUCGAGUUUCACCGGGGUGGGCUCAACUACGCUAUGUUCCCUUCUACACCAAACCCCCACCUUUAAUGUUAUCCAUAAGCUCUCCCUGACACCCAAAUGCAACCUUCACGCUGCCAUGUCAACACGAAAACACUAAUAACGUGCCUCAUUGCUGGAUUUACCAACGGGUUCUCUCGGCCCAACCUCCCUCCCCAGUUACCAAGGGCCUAUUCUGAAGGGCUGCUUCACGGUCAGGGUUAGCCGACGAAAGGCUGUCGUCCGAAAGCCAGUAGGCACAAAAGUAGCUAGUUUUUCGCCGAAAAAAAGAAUAGAUAUAUGUAUGUACAGAUGAAUGCUAAACCUACUCCAGUUGGACAAGCCACAGG